CUCUCUCCGAACAAGCAAGGCACCUCCCCUGUAUUUUAAUGUCUGACUGACCUUUCCAUCAAUUCCUUCCUUCUACGCCUUGACAGCCUUCCUUCUUCGCCCCUCGUUUGGGAAGGCUUUCAUGCUCACCCACCUUGUCCUCUGCUCCUCUUAGACCCUCUCUCUCUCACUCUCCCUCUCUGUCUGUCUCUGUCUCUGUCUCUCUCUCUGUCUCCAAUUUCUUUUUCUUUUCUUUUUUUCUUUUGAAGAAGGCGAGAAGAAAGGAAACAUGAUCCAAUUUCCUCAUCAUCUUCUCAAUCUUGCAUCGCCUUAACAUCUUUCUUCUUCUUUGUUUUGUGGGUGGACUUUGUCUGGGUCAAUCUUCGGUGCAUGCCCGCCCUGCGCUCUUCGGCAUUUACAGAGAGGCUGUGCAUUGGUCCUUUGUUUUUCCAUGAAAAACACUGGUUAAGAACAAUGGAAAAUGAAGCCUUUUGGCGAUGGUCGAAGGAACUGUGGACAAGCUCGCAUCUUUUCUGAACCUUGGUCCACUUUUUUUAAGGGAGAGUAACUGUCUGAGGUUGGUCAGAGAUAAAUUAGUCUCACCUUCGGUCUCCGUUUUCUUCCUUACUACUGCUGCAUUGGGGCUUGCUUUGCUUGUUGCGUCUCCGAUGGCAACCAAGAUGAAAGGAAUCUACAAAGGCUUCAAAUACAUCUCCCAAAUAUUUGUUGUGAAGGAGAGGGAUAUGGAAAUUGGGUACCCAACAGAUGUUAAACACGUGGCACACAUCGGGUGGGAUGGUCCGUCUGGGAGUGGACCCAGUUGGAUGAAUGAAUUCAAGAAUGCACCUGAUUUUUCCACUUCCCUCGGUACCAUUGGCGAUCCUGGUGACUCCAGCUCUGUGGCUCGUUCCACAUGGUCCUCUCAAGAUUUUGAGCAAAUCUUGGGACAGCAAUCGACAUCCGAGAUGUUCAAAGAAAAUCUGCCAACAGAUCUUCCGAAUAUCCCCAAGAAGCAAAAGAGGAAAAAGAGCAAGUCGACUUCAUCCCCAAAGUCUUCAUCAUCGUCAAGAUCCUCUCGAGCAGCAAAGUCAAAGGCUUCAUUCUAGAAAAGGAUAAAACACUGAAUCUACAACACUAGACCUGGUGGGCUAUAACAUGACGAGGAAAGAACGACAAUGCCCACUGAUGUGCAUAGGAGAACUUGCUUGUUUGCUUUUUCUGAAGAUGUUUUCGAUGAACAAGAAAAUGUAGAAAGUCGACAAGUUUGUGUACAUUUGAACUUGACUGUUCUCUUCAAUUUUACAGGGAUGUCGAGAAAUAGGUGAGGGUGGAGUUUGGGGGAGAGGGAGGACAAGGGAAAGGGCAUGACUGAGUUCACUGACAACAGUGAUUUAAGGAAGUUUGCGAUUGUUUAUUUACAUUAUUUUUUUUUCUUUUCUGUUCUCAACAUUGUUGACAGAUUGAUUAUUCAGUUAUGCUGGUGAAAGGUUCUGCAAUUGAAGUUAUUGGCUUUGUCAA